AUGGCGAAUGUGGGGGCGGCGACCGCACGCCGUGAGCGGCUGGAGGCGCUGCAGCGGCUGAGCGACGCAGGGCAGCGCGCGGAGCUGCAGUCCGAGAUCGCCAGCUACUCGACCAAGGAGCUGCGCACGCUGUGCGGCGGCUUCGGCGUGCCCGCGCAGAGCAAGGAGUACGCGGCGUACCAGUCCAAGGCCGGGUACGCGGAGCUGCUGCUUAAGUUGCUGGAGGCCAAGACAGCGAGCGCCGCGGGUCUCGUAGACGGCGGUGGGUUUGUAUUCAUCAAUGCAAACCCGGCGGGUCGCACCAGGAAGAGCAAGAACUGCAACUUGCGCCUCACGAACGUGCUCUUCUCGCCUCAAUUAGCGCCUUAUUUGAGGCAGUUGACAGUUGACGGAGCACUCAGGAAGCGCAAUGCGGACGGCAGCAGCGCUUUUUGGGACAAAGUGAGGGCGGAGUUUGUGAGCAACAAGGCGGAGUACGCGCGGGUCGCGUACCCAGAUGAUCACGUGUUCGUGGACUUCAAUCUGGGCUCGCCCAUUGCCCAUUCAAGCGACAAGCUGCGGAAAAUGUGGGAGAAGCUGGGCCUGGCCUACGUCUGCGUCUUCGGCUCGCAGUGUGUUGCUGGUGGGGAUAGUGCGGCGGAGCUGGCCGCAUGUUCGGGGCGACAUGACGUCUACUAUUUGAGACGCUGGCUCCAUGACAAGCCCGAGUUGAUCUCGGUUGUGUGCAAGGCGCCGACGGAGACGGAUUUUGGACAGGGUGAUGUGGAUGACGAGGGGGAACGGCUGAUGAAGUCGAUCAAGUUGGCGUAUGAUGUGCUGGCCGCAAUGCCCGCGACCGAUCAAGGAUCGGAGGUUGAGCAUACCGUUCGACGAAGGUUGAAACGGUGCGCGAAGCGUUUGAAGGUGAUUGAAGACGAGGAGGAGAAGCAGUCCAUGUCGCUCUAG